CUAAUAUAAGGAUAUCUUCUGAUCACAUUAAACAUGCAUUAUUAAUUAUAAAAAUUUAUUGAAAUGUUUAUUUUUUUCACUUUGAGGAUUUCACUCAUGUUGUGAAAUGUGUGUUUAUAUUUAUAUACAGGACAGAGAAUAAUUAUAAACCUUCCCGCGUGUACAGAAACGGCACCACAACCAUAAAACCAAGCGUUUCUCCAGCUGCAGCCACUGCCAGCUCUCUCCCAGCUCUGACAAUAAGCUCUAUUAGAUAGCACUUGUGUCUGUAUGUAAGGACUGAAUAUCAGUGUGUGUGAGUCUGAUUGCUGUUAAAGGACGCUGUGGUGGGAAGAUGUGUGCUGUGCUGCGGGCGCGAGACGCGCAGGGAGCUUCAGCCAUUAUAGCAUCAGCACUGCUGGUAUUUACGGCUUCUUCUGUCUCCUCCAUGGAAGUGCUUGUGGCACAGCAGAUUAAUGCACUGAAUGGCACCAUGGUAAAGAUCUCCUGCACUUUCACGUCCUGCUACAAACUGGAUAUCAGCAAAUUUGCCAUGAACUGGACCUUCCAGCAGACCAAAAACGAUACCGAGGAGAUGUUUAUGACCUUUAAGAACAGAAUAACUACUUUGAAGACAGACCGUUUUGGGGACAGGGUAAAGUUUGCUGGAAACCUGGACAAAAAUGACCUUUCCAUCACCAUCUCAGACGUGCAGGGGACAGACCAGGGGAUCUAUAACUGUUAUGUACGCAAUCCUCCCGAUCGUGUCGAGGGCCGUGGCAGAAUCCAGCUGUCUGUAGUCAGUGAAUUGCCUCCUCCCAGAGACUCGACCAUCGCAGUGGCAGUCGGAGCUUCUAUAGGAGGGAUGCUGGCUAUGGUGAUCCUCUCCAUGGUGAUCAUCAAGUGUAUACGCAGACAUAAGAAACAGGAGCUCAUCUCUGAUGAACAGAAAAUGGAGGAGGAGGGUAAAACAGAUGGAGAUGGAGGAACAGAAGAAGGAACCAAACAAAUUUAACAUGGCUGUGACCUGAAGGCCCUAAACUUCGGUCGAGCCCCAUUCUUCACAUGCAGAAAUGACGUUUGCUUUAGCCAUCCCGCUGUGGCUGCAGUGCUUUCCUCGGUGUGGAUCUUUCCUCAUUUGUCCAGCCAAUAAACAAUAAACAAUUGGAUUUUUUGAGAAACUCAGCCAGUGCUAUACCUGCCAUACAUUCCAACGUGAGUCAGCGUAAAGCUUGAGAUCAGGUUUCUAUACUCCACUCUUCAAUUUAAUAUUGCUAACAAUCUUCCACACAGUAUUUGUAGAAGUCACACCACUUUAAAAAUAUUUUUGUUUUGUGUCUUCCAACCACUGCCAGACUAUUGUUAAAGUUAAAGCACACUAUUCCUACUUUUGCCUAAUUGGUAGUAGUUUGAUAACAGAUUUUUCUAGAUGUUUCUGCCGUCUUUAUUUGUAUUUCUCGUCUGAUGCAAAAAAAAAAGAAAGAAAGAAAGAAAGAAAGAAAGCCCUCUCUUUGAGAACCAAAUGUAUUGAUAAGUAUAGCAACAUUCCAAAAAAUCCACUUUGCUUUUGGGGUCUAAAUGUGUUUUUGCUCCUCUUUUACUAAUCAAGGGUGUGUUUCCUGAAAAAGAUCAAUUUUAGUGAAUAACAAAUAACUGAACAGAAGACACACGAGCGUGUUUUGUGAGCGUCUCUUGAAGACUUUUGUUAAAGGAUACGUAAAUAAUGAGUAUUUUUGUUGAGUAUUUCAGAGUCAGACGUGAAAAGCAGCACAAGCUGAUGAACUUCAGAUUCACAAAGAUAAACAAAGAUAAAUAAUAAACAGUACAAAUACUGUAGGCUUAUGAUGUUAAUUAAUAGACAUUUAUGAAAAUCACUAAAUUAUUGAUAUAUUUUAAUGCUUUAAUAAAUCUAUAAUAAAUAAACAAUGUAAUUUGUGAUAAAAAGUAAAAUUUGAUCUUUUUAGUAAGCGUUCACUAGCCAUGAGAGCUAAUUUCAUUUAGCGUUUGGUAGCUAGUCAGUGAAGUCAUUAAAAUUUAGCACAGAAUUCACAGAAUGUAUGUUAGCAUUCCAAAGCUAAUCGAUGGUAUUUUAGCUCAGCUUUAGUUAGCUAAUCUGAGGUAAUGUACUUUUGCAGCUGUUCCUCAGUCUGAGGUAAUUUAGGUAGUUUAAGUAAAGUUAUUUUACUUUGAAGUGUUAGUGGGACAAGAUGUGUGUGAACUAAAGUCUGAUGUAGAACAAAUCAUGAAAUAAAUCCUGUGUUUGUUAGAUUAUAAAACAUCUUUCAUGGUUAGACAAAUUGGACAAAAUGCUUAUUAACAAUAAUUAAUGCACUAAAAAUAUGUUAGCACGGACUUGCAGGGUCAGGCCUCACCGUGGGCUGGAGGAUGCAGAAGCCUCAUCACUGUUGGAGAAACACAUUUUAUAGGAAUUUAAUUAGGAAGAAGUUGGAGUUUUGGGGGUGUUCCUUCUUCCAAACUUCAGUUAUUUCCUAACUGCAUUUUGCGAGUAACAUCUUAACUUCUUGCUAAGACCGUGGGAGUGAGGAGAACUCGGAGAACUCGGAGAACUCGGAGAACUCUGAGAACUCGGAGAACUUGGACCAGAGCUCUGGGCAGCUUCUUAUCAGUGCAGAAUUGUUAAAUUGAUGCAUGCUGUAUAUCAUUUCCACAGCCAUGUAUCUUGGUCUGGAUGUAGCUGUAGUGUGUCUAGGAGAUGAGCUCAUGGAGAAGUACUGAUCUGAAAGUCAUUGGAGGAGGAGUGAAAUGAUCCAAUUAAAGACCUUCUUGGGGUUAAAUGCAGCCAGAUGGAGUGUAUAGUGGAAGGAAAGCUGAGUGAAAGCUGAGACUUGAGCUAGUGUGAUAGUGAAGGAGUGGCAUUAGGUCACUCAGUGUCCUUAUAGACUGUGAAAGAAUGACCAAUUAUCAGUGUAUUAGAUUGGAUGUCUGAUCAAGCCCCAAAGGGCAGCAUGGAUAAUGAGACAUGGCUCCUAUGAGCUGAAGGCAUGUCUGACCCAAGGAAGUGAUUGUGGCAGGUUGGAAAGCGAGGGCUGUUCCAGAGUUGAAGGAGAAAUAAAACCUACUUUCUGCAAGACAUCUGUGUGUUAGUUAACAUGAGCUGGGAGACAAAUGACCAGCGGAGACCAGCCUGAGUAAAGAGUUAUUUUAUAUUAUUAGACCAGUAAAGACCCGCUAGCAUGACCAUCAUACGCUGGUAGACCAGCUAAGCUUGCGGGUUUUGGGAAAUGCUCAUUAAUUAAAAAAACAUUCUUAAGAUGAAGUUAACAAACUACUUUACGAACCUUUCGAGAAACACACCCCAGAGCAGUAUUUUAGCAGCAGUACGUUUAAGAAGAAGUAAAAGUUCUGACUUUUUUUUCCUAUUUGGUCUUCAUAUAAUGACAUUAAAUUGUCAUUCAGGGAAAAUUUCUGAGAUAAAACAUGUUCUAAUAUAUUUAGAUUAAAAUGUUCUUAUAUAUAGUAUGCUUGAAUGAAUGUGUGAAAAGUAUUGUCAGACAUUCCUUGAGUAUUUUUUCUUUUGUAAAAGUAUGUAGCUAAACUAUUACGUUAUUUGUAAUAUAUAUGAUACUAAAUAUUGUUUUAAAAUAAUCAAAUCAAACAAAUACAUGGGGUUAUUUUUUAAGUGCGCAAAGUAAAAGUAAUUUAAUGCACAAAAAUAGGUCUUGUACGCAGGGUCAAAUCGUCUUUUCGCUGUAAUCGAUCCACACUAGAGUUCACUCGGAAGUGGGCCGAGACCAAUAUUAGCUUCUAAUUAGUUUCUAAACUAUUAGCAUCACUAAUGUAGAAAAACAUCUGUAGCUAUUUCUUACGCAAAUAACAGUGCACUGCAAGAAUGUCAUCUUAGCAAGUGAAAAUAUCUUAAAUAUGCUCAGAUUUAUCUAGUAUUUCCUAUUAUACAAUAGAUUACAUUAAACCAAAUCUAACAUUAUUAAACAUGUCUCUACACUUUCAAGCUUUAAAUCAAUUGGCAGAUAAUUUUACUUCUUUCUAGAAAUAAAUGCUAAAAAUGAGCAGAAUUUCUGCCAAUAGAACAAGACUUGAAAUUAAUAAACAUGACCAAAAUAUAUGAUUAGUAAUGUUAAAUUUGGUUUAUUUUAAUCUUAUGACAGGAAAUGCUAAAUAAAUCUGCCUAUAUUCAGUGUAUUUCCACUAUCAUUUUUGUGGCGAUCUAUAUUGUUGGUUAUUUAUAUUAAUAACUUAGGCAUUCACCGGUAUGAUAAUGUAAUAUUCCACUCUGCUUGCUCUACAUGCAGUUUAAAGUGCACUCUUCCAUACGGUACAUCGUUCAGUAGUAAAACAUAAACAAUAAAACAUUCUCAUCUCCAUAUCAAGAAAUAUUCCCCACCUUUCCACUGGCUUCAGUACUGAAUAGUGAAUAUUGGCAUGUUUUAUAUCCACUGCAUGUUGUAAAUAUACCCAACAAACUGUGCCGUGUUGAGAACUACUGAAUAAGGCUUGACUUGACAUAGGAAGUAUGAUAUAGUCCAUAACUCCUUAGCACCUAUUAUAGAAAUGAGCAAAAAUAUAUAUAUUUAAAAUGAAGAACAUAUAAAUGAGUGAUACUUUGAGCUUAAACACUGUAUGAUUUAGUUUUAUAUACCAGUUUUCCUAGAUAUUUCUAGAAUACUUGUUCUGUAAGUAUUCUACUCAUUCUACUAGUUUCUAAAUUAUUGGCAUUAUUGGCCCGAAUCCUAUAAUGACCAAACCUAAAACCAAACAUCAGUAUUGUGGGCUGCUCUCAGAAAAGAUUUCUUUCUUGUGACUCUUCCAGACAGAUGGUUGUUAUGGAGGUUACAUACAGGCGUAACUAGCCUUAUUCAGCCCUCAUAACCAUCAGCGGAAUUGAGAAUCACCUGUAUAACUUAUUCUAGCCACAAUAUAAUGAGGAACCUGUUGUGCCUUAGGACUAAAUGGAAUGGUGUUUGAAGAUGAUGCCAUAUUCACACCACUGGGAUCUAGGUUAACCUUGUAGAAUAAGGAAGAAUGCUGGCAAUGCUUAGGUAGCAGCAGUGCAGCCUUCCUUCAGCAGGAUGCCUCCAUGAAAUGCCCAUGAUGAGGAGAUACUCCCUACUGCAUUCCCACUGUGACCAAACCCUUCCAGAAACAUCAUCAUCAUCAUAAGCUUCAAACCUUGUAUUUAAACCUUUCAGAAACCUCGUUCACUCAACGUUGUACGAGUUAACCAAGACCUGGAAGUGUCUCAGAAUGGGUAAAGGACGUGAGGGUCAGAUUGCCCGCUCUCAGUUCUAGCUAGUCGACGUGUUCUGAGUUUACAUCAGGGUGCCACAUGCCCCUGUGCCCUUGUGGCUCCUCACUGCUCCCAAGCCUGCAACGGAAGCAUCUGUGGUGACUCUCUCUGAUGGGGCAUCACCUCUCAGCAGACCCCUUUCCUUAGAAAAGCUUUGCACCUCUAACAAACUAGGGCUUGUGCCAUUCUCGCAGAACCAAUUUGACAACCAUAUCAUGCAAAAAGGGAGGAUCUUUAAGAACCGGUCUAGAAUUGGAUGGAAACCGUCAUCAUUUUUCUGAACAAAAGGCACGUUAAGAAGAACCCUUCUUUUGUUUUGAACAAUGAGGUCCACCUUUUCAAUUGCGUCACUGGCCAAGAGAGAAUGAAAUUCUUGUGUCAUAGCAACAACUUUCUGGGAGUCUGUUAUAAACAAGGCCCUGAGGUCUCAAAACUUUGUAUUGUUUUGCGUUUGUAUUCCUGCAACAUCAUCAUCAGUCCACACUGAUCUGAUACUGUAGUUGCGCAAAAUGCUUUAUCUGCUGCCAGCCCCGCCCUUCAUCUGCAUGCUUAUGAGUUACGCUAACCACAGAGCAGAUUAUUCUCGUCAUACUUAGCAAGUGCCACAAAGCUUGAGCCUGGUUGAGCUGUCCUUUAGAGCUCUCAGUAAAAUCCUUGAACUGUGGCAUGGUGAAUUCAGUGCCACUGGGUCUAUAGCAGAAUCCAAUCCCACUUGGGCCACUGCCAUUUGAAGAGUGACUGCUAUGGCUAGUUUGCAGCACCUGCAAGCUGACUUAGGCUGACUCAUUUUUGAGUCAGAUGGCAGUUUAACUUCUAGGUCACCAGCCUAGAAGAAAUUCCUGCUGUGGUUGUAGAUGCAGCAUCAUUGCGCUCCUCCAAUGAGGAAAGGAGAUGAUGACUAUUCUUUGAGAUAUAAGAGGAACUCAGAGUUCAGAACUCCUAAACUGUUCAUUUUUUUGUCAUGUUUGCCAUGAAGUCAUUAAUUGACCUCAGACGUCACUCAGAUUGCUUUCUGAGCAAAAAAAAAAAAAAAAAGAGGAUGCAGAAAAGGCCCACAUGAAUCCAGAUAUCUUAGUGCAUCAGGCCCAGCAGUGAACAGCACAUGGAAUAGUAAGGGAAAUCGACUCAACUAUACUAGCAGCACAAGCAGUCGUUGAGUCUGAGCCCAGUAGUGGGAAUGAGAGAUUAGUGCUGGGAAACACAGUAAGUACAUAAAUAUGGAGCUAGAAAGGGAGUUCACAGUUUAUAAAUACACUCACUGUGGUAGAGGAGAGACGAGGAGAUUAGAGGAGUCCAUCUUCAGCUUUGAAAGACAUGGAAGCUGAUAUGGUGUGUACAUGAUCCGAGAUGGAGAGAAUAAUAAAGAGAAAGAUGGCUGUAUGGCUAGUGUUUAUUGCAGAUACUGCAUCAUGCCUUACUUCAUGACUUUUUUGGAAGGUCGUGACAUGUGGACGUUACCCAGGUGAUUCUCACCACCCCUGACAGUCAGGAGGGAUAAAAUAGAACUGACUCAUGCACUCAAGCUAGGGGUAAUGGAUACGUGAUUUUACAGCAUAUAAUUACAAAUUGUAUUCGUAUAACGCUUUUAACAAUAGAUACUGCCCCAGAGCAGCUUUUCUAACAAUAGACUUCAAUGUCAAAGGCAACAGUAGUGUUUCUGGAUUUCUGAGAAUUUUGUUUCUGAGAAUAAUUUUUUAGAUGAACAGUAAACACUGUCUCCAAUUGUUUGAAUAGAACUGUUCAUUAUGAUCAUCAUCUGUCUCUUAUAGAGCACCAAACGAAUAUUCACCAGAUGAACAAAGCCACUUAAUUUGAAUAGAAAAGAAAGCAAGAUGUAAAAAAGGGAUUAGCUAGUGGUAGCAGUUAAUCUAGGUGAAAUUUAACCCUGCAAAUUUGUGAACCCUUGCAAACCACCAGAAAUAAAAUAGCUAGCUUGCUAAUGUUAAUAACUGUAUCGCCCAUAAUCACCUUAUUUUUACUCCUGUCCAGCAAAGAAAACUGUAAGGGGAAAAUCCAACACAAACUACAUUAAACAAUUGUAUCCCACUUAAGUCUACUAAAUCUACAAAUCUCUGGACACCAAGUCCAUAGAGAAUGUGCUAUUUCUGGUAAUACUGCAUCAAAAAAACUGCAAAAAACUACAACCUUAUAUAAUAUAUUAAGUCAGUGGAGUGGUUGAGCGUCUGCUUACAUUAUAAAGAUCAUAUAUGCUUUAAGUUGCAUGACUCUCACAGCAAAUGCCAACACUGGACUCAUUCUUUAUGUGCUGCUGUGUUGACUGUCACAUGUAGCUGCUUUAAAAUGCAGAAUUUAUGAACAUUUUUUUAUUGUGUUUUAUUGCAAGUGGCACUGCAGUGGUUCAGGUUACAGCUCUCAGUUCGAAAUGACCUUCAGUCUACAUUCAUCACUAAUUUCUGCAGGCUUUCAUUAUCCUUUAAAUGUGUUACUUUCUCUUAAACAACUGUUUAACAAUAUUUUAGUAAACCUUUAAUGAUUUCUUUAAUCAUUAGUGGAUUUAUUUUCAGUUAUUUUUUAAAUUCACAGUAAGGUUAUUGAAUGAAGCUAUAAAAAUCACAGUGCAGCCUGAUGACUUUGCAGAAAUACACCUGAUUGUUGAAUGCGGUACUUCAUAGGGAAUGCCCUGGCACUCAUCCUUAAAUUUUAUCAAGAUUCACUUCCCUAAUACUCACCCCGUGAAUGAAUGAAUGAAUGAAUGAAUGAAGGACAGCAUGGUUACGGAUAUGAUACACAGCUGUAUUAAAGGAGUCUUUUAAAAACCAUAUAAUGCAUGGUUUGAUUAUAUUGCAUCUUAGAUUGUUCAAAUCUUUUUUUUUUUCAGUGCUUAUGUGAAUGUGAUGUUACACGUAUUGUAUGUAUAUUGUAGAAGAUUUAAUCAUUAUGCUUAAACUGUACUGCAUAGCCCUGCAUAAAUGUUCACUGAAUGAGCAGUGAGUGUCAGGUGGACCAUAGCUUUUGUUCGGUUAAUGUGGGUCAUUGCUUUUGCACUGGGCAAAAUGUACACUAGACAGUAUUAAAAUAAACUAUAAAGUAAAUUA